UUAGCUCUCUCUUAAUUUUAAGUUUUUUUUCCCUCUCAUCAUCGUCAAUUGAAAUGUUGGAACUUGAUUCUUUUGUAUUUUUGCUUAAACACACUUUUUGAAUUGGAAAAGGAGAAAUCUUUAAUUGUUAUUCUAGUCCAUGCUUCUAAAGGUAAUUAUAUGCCACUUCUUGGUAAUUUUAGCUCAACAGUUUGUUUUGGUCAAAGUCAUCACUCCUACCGUUGAACUCUAGCCAUAUUUCAAUGAUUUAGAGCCUAUAUGACAUAUCCACUUGUUGAGAUUGUUGUUGCUUUAUGCUUUAUGUAUAGAAAUAUAUAAUUAUCUUUUCUUUACAUCUAAUGUUCAAUUAUGCGUAUCCACCAAAAAAAUGUUCAAUUAUGCUUUAUAGUUGGGCAAAAUGGACGCUACAAAAAAGCAAUUGACCAAACCAAGUACCGCAACUAAGAAGGUAACGAACUACGAGAAACAAAGAAUGAAGACAAUUAAUGAAAACCGUGAGAGAAUGAAUGCUCUAGGAGUGAAGAAUAUAACAACUUGUUUGAAGGCUACGGUUCAACAUAAGAAAUUGAGGAAGGAAAAACAAAUACCAAUUGAGGAAAAUGAUGAUGAUUAUCGACCGUCAGAGGCUGAAGAUGGCAGUGACACUGAAACCUAUGAUUCGUUUGAGCAUGAGCUGUUAGAGAUACCAUCGAGAGCCCGUUCACAAUCUCAUCAUGAGGCAUUGACCCACGCAUUAGAAGAGGGGGAUACCUCUUCACGUCCUGAGGUGACUGCUGGUAAUACUAUUGCUGCUAAGGGUGCUCGUGGCCCAACUCGAGGCAAAGAGGUUCAAGGCCUUGUUGAUAGAGAUGGAAAGCUUAGCGUGCCUAUCCCUCCAGAAUUUCGUGCACCGGUAGGGGACUAUGCCGCAAAACUAGCCUCAAAGAUUGGUGUAGAAAUUGGAUUGGGGUGGCAUUUUUGACGUGCAACAAUGAUGUAAUUUGUUUGAAUGUUCAUUUUUGUUUGAUAAGGAUACACAUACUUUUUGGAGUUACACUAGUUAUUAUUGGAUUUUUGGUGGAAUUGAAUAAGUUAUAACUUUUGGAUA